CGACUACCGACGAGACGGCGCCGCCAGGCGUCCAUAUAACUGGCGACAGAUGGGCACGCAUCAGCGCCGCUCAAGCUCACGCCAGCGCGGCCCCCAUCCUCGUUAUCAUCCUCCAGCCGACAUGGCCUCAUCACAGCACCACUCGCUCCCCCUCGGCGUGGUGGACAUCGCCUCGACGCCGGUCCAGCUCGCCCUCGCUGCCGUCCUCCUCUCACUGCUGGUAUACCACUACACCACAUAUGCGCGGGGCAAGGUGCCCCUUCCCGGCCCUUCGCCGUGGCCUGUCCUCGGCAACCUCCCCCAGCUGGGUCGCCACGCCGCGCUCACCCUAACUUCCUGGUCCAGGACCUACGGCGCCGUGUUCAAGAUCCACAUGGGCGAGCGCGAGGUCGUCGUGAUCAACACCGCCGCAGCCGCGAAAGAGCUCCUGUCCGACAAGGGCGGCAACUUCAUCUCCCGGCCGACGUUCCACAACUUCCACAACGUGCUCGCCACCUCGGCCGGCCUGACGAUCGGCACGUCGCCAUGGGACGAGAGCUGCAAGCGCCGGCGCAAGGCGGCCGCGACGGCGCUCAACAAGCUCAAUGUGGAGCGGUACACGCCCAUCGUGGACCGCGAGGUGCUGGCGCUGAUCGAAGACCUGUACGUCCACGGCCAGGGCGGCAAGGUGGCGAUCGCGCCGCACGACUACAUGAGCCGGUUUGCGCUCAACACGUCCUUGAGCGUCAACUAUGGCUGUCGGCUCGACGAGAUCAGCGACGGGCUGCUGCACGAGAUUAUCGAGGUCGAGGCCGCCGUGUCGGACGUGCGCUCCACCGUCGCGAGCUGGGCGAACUAUGUUCCCCUUUUGCGCCUGCUGCAGUCCCUCAAGCCAGACACCUCGGCUGGAUCCCUCGCCGACCUCCGCGCACGCCGCGACGCAUACAUGGGCAAGCUGCUCGACGACCUGCGUGCGCGCAUCGCCGAGGGAACCGACACGCCAUGCAUCACCGGCAGCAUCCUCAAGGACCCCGAGGCGCGCCUGACGCCGCGUGAGCUGUCGUCUAUCUGCCUUUCCAUGGUGGCCGCAGGGCUCGACACGCUGGGCAACACGAUGAUCUGGGGCGUUGGCAAGCUGGCCAAGACGCCCGACGUGUGGGACAAGGCGUACGCCGCCAUCGAGGCGCAGUACGCCGACGUGCCGGACACGCACGCCGAGGACGUGGGGUACAUUACUGCGCUGUACCGCGAGACGCUGCGGUGGUUCUCGGUCCUCAAGCUGUCGCUGCCGCGCGAGACGUUCGGCGACGUCGAGUACAACGGCGUCACGAUCCCGAGCGGGACCACCGUGUUCCUCAACGCUUGGGCGGUGCACCACGACGUCGAGCGGUACGGCGACGUGGACACGUUCCGGCCAGAACGGUUCCUCGACGAGAAGGAGGAUGGGGGCCACGCGACGCAUUACUCGUUCGGUGUCGGCCGGAGGAUGUGCGCCGGAUCACACCUCGCCAAUAAGGAGAUGUACGCAGCGUUUACGAAGCUGGUCUACUUCUUCAAGCUCGAGGUCGACGACGCCGACGACUACGAUAUCGACCCCGUCAACGCGACGCACAACCCCUACGGCCUCGCGUCGGUGCCAAACCGCUUCAAGGUCCGCUUCGUCCCCCGCGACCCCGACACUAUCGAGCACUGGAUCGCCGAGGAGAAGAGCAAGGCCGAGCUGAGGCUCGCCAGCAUCAUUCACUGA